AUUACAGCUGAUUUGAUGAUAAUAAUAUCACAGUAUUAAGAGUUUACUUACCUACUUUUUUUGAAUCAUUUUUAUACACUCGAAUGCUACAUACAUAACGGUAUUGAAACAAGCGACCAUGUUGAAAAGAGGUAAUUUUGAGUAAUUUAUACAUUGUGUAUGUAAUUUAAUACAUUUAUACAUUUGUGAUAGUAAAAUGUUUGAUAAUGCGGACUCGGUGCAUCCAAGAUUCUUAGUAAAGCCCAAAUUUAAAAUAGGUUUCAAGAUAGCAUUAAUUCAACUAUCGGUGGGUCCCGAUAAAUCUAAGAAUAUAGCGCAGGCUGUGAAGGAAAUCCAUUUAGCUAAAGAGAAAGGGGCUCAAUUGGUGGCCUUGCCGGAGUGCUUCAACUCUCCUUACGGAACCAAGUAUUUUGAUGAAUAUGCAGAGGAAGUGCCAUCGGGGGAGACGAGCAGAGCUCUAUCCAAAGCCGCUGCAGAAGCUGGAGUGUGCGUAGUUGGAGGUACCGUCCCGGAGAGAUACGAGAAAAAAUUGUACAACACUUGCACUGUUUGGGAUGAUACUGGGAAACUCUUAGCGCAACACAGAAAGAUGCAUCUCUUCGACAUAGACAUUCCUAACAAGAUAACGUUCAAAGAAUCCGAGGUUCUCUCUGCGGGCGAUAAGAUCACAUCGUUCGACUUUUUGGGAUCAAAGAUUGGCAUCGGCAUAUGUUACGAUCUGAGGUUCCCUGAGAUGGCACAUCUGAUGGCCAAGGAAGGUUGUUCUCUCCUCAUCUAUCCGGGGGCGUUCAACAUGACGACCGGUCCCCGGCAUUGGGAGCUGCUGGGGAGGGCGCGUGCUACCGACCAGCAGCUGUGGGUGGCUCUCGUGAGCCCCGCCCGGGACAGCGCCGCGGGCUACGUCGCCUGGGGACACUCGCUGCUCGUCGACCCCUGGGGACAAGUGGUGGAACAGCUCGACCACGAGCCGGGAGUCUUACUCGCUGAUGUUGAUCUGAAAGUCGUGGAUGAAGUAAGGAGUCAGAUACCGAUCAGGAAACAGCGCAGAACUGACAUCUACGACAUCACGAUCAGGUCUUAACGCAAGGCCAGCGGAAGAAGCGGCAAGAUUUAGCAUCUGCAAAUAACAAAAACAUGGUCCGAUCGAUUGUCUAGGCAUUUCGGAAGAUUGUCUUCGCUGCACCGGCAAAAUCUCUAGUACUGGUCUAAAUUGAUAUGGAACAAAUAUGUACAGCAGCCCUAUUACUGGUGGUAGGACGUCUAGUGAGUCCGCGCGGGUAGGUACCACGGCCUUGUCUAUUUCUGCCGUGAAGCAGUAAUGCGUUUCGGUUUGAAGGGUUGGGCGGCCGUUGUAACUAUGCUAAAACUUUAGAACUUAUAUCUCAAGGUGGGUGGCGCAUUUACGUUGUAGAUGUCUAUGGGCUCCGCUAAUUAACACCAGGCGGGCUGUGAGCUCGUCCAGCCACCUAAGCAAUAAAAUAAAAAUAUAACUAAAUUUUGACUAAUGUAAAACACACGUAAAUAAUUCUUGUAUACAUCAUCCGCGGCAUGCAUGGGUAAAUAACAUGAGUUACGAGCGCUGAGAGAACGGCUGUAACUGUACUUAAUUCUGGUGUGUGCAGUGAUGUUCUAAAUAAUAAUCGAACCUAUUUUACCAAAACCAUUAUUGGUGGCAAAAACAUACAGUAAUGUGGAUGUCGCGCAAACAAUUCAUUACAUUAGAAUUAAAUUGUGUUCAUUGCGGGAAAACAUGGUGCAAUACAUUCACAGAUUAUACGCAUUACACUAUAGAGCCAGAGUCACCCUUGUGGGAGACGCUUUGUUACAAAAUCGAACAGUUACCAUUAUGUAAACAAAAAUAAACAUUUGACCAAUAGGUGGCGCUGUUAUGAAAAUUCUUCCAGCUUUCCUAGUAUGGAGGGCAGAGUUCUAUUCUCCAUAUUAUUUCCUUGGAAAGAGUCUUACCACAAAAAAUAUAGUUUUAAUAUGAGAAAUAAUAAUAAUUACAUAAUAAUAUGUGUUCAUAUAUUUUUGGUUAUUUGUCUGGAAAUUUUAAACCAAAUAAAUAUGAUCCAAAUACUAUUAAAUGUUAGUCUUAAGCGAAGUACAUAAUAUAUAAUGUCGAGAUUUUGUGAUAUUCACGUUUAAAAGGUCAUUUUUAUGAAAUAAAUUUAUUUUUUGGAA